AUGAGCCAGUGCCAGGAGGAAAACACCAAUACAUCCCAAGUCCAUCAAUGGCGUCUUGGGCGUCUCCCUGAUUCACCAAUCCAGCAUCCACCAGAUCUAGUACAAAGAUGGAGAGCCAGUACCGACAUCCUUCACCCACCGGAGCGAACCUAUACACAUCCCUUUUCUUCGUAAUCAAGACAUCCAGAACCGUCGCAACACUGCAGCCCUCACCAAUCACAGGAAGCGACUUGUGAAAGACGUUGUAGGCGUCAUAAUUGACCUGCUCCAUGUCAAGCAUGACCAUUGCAACAUCGUUAUCGUCCGGAGCAACGUCAACGUGGACCGAGGAGUUCGGUGAUGUUUCGAGGUACAUGGUCCAGUGGUUAGUGGGUCGUUGCCUGUCGCUACCCCAGUUGUCCUCGUUUGGGUGGGCAAUGAAGUGAAUGUGAGAGAUGGGGAGGGGGAGGCUGUUUUUGGAGAAUUGGCUGAUUCCCCAGUGGUCGUUUACGGUGUUUAAGAGGUGGUCUCGGACUUUUUCUUCGACCGAAUUCGAUGUUGGUGUGUUAAGAGGCAUGGUAUG